UCAGGGGUCACGUUUGAACUCGCACAGCUUUGAGCAGAGGCCCCAAGCUAAGCAAAGCAUCCACCUCUCUCAAGGCACCAUUCACUUCUCUCUCUUGCUCGUUACUCGGAGUUCGAGCUUCUUAACCGUUUCUCUGCUCUUCUUCUACCUUCAGAGUUAGUAAAAAAUGGCAGCAGAGACUUUCCUUUUCACCUCCGAGUCGGUGAACGAGGGACACCCAGACAAGCUCUGUGAUCAAAUCUCCGAUGCUGUCCUUGACGCCUGCCUCGAGCAGGACCCAGACAGCAAGGUUGCCUGUGAAACCUGCACCAAGACCAACAUGGUCAUGGUCUUUGGAGAGAUUACAACUAAGGCCAAUGUAGACUACGAGAAGAUUGUCCGCGACACCUGCAGGAACAUUGGAUUCGUUUCCAACGAUGUUGGUCUUGAUGCUGACAACUGCAAGGUUCUUGUCAACAUUGAGCAACAGAGCCCUGAUAUUGCACAGGGUGUCCAUGGCCAUCUCACAAAAAGGCCCGAGGAGAUUGGUGCUGGUGACCAAGGUCACAUGUUUGGCUAUGCCACUGAUGAGACCCCUGAGUUGAUGCCCUUGAGCCAUGUUCUUGCAACCAAGCUUGGCGCAAAACUCACCGAGGUUCGCAAGAACGGCACAUGCCCCUGGUUGAGGCCCGACGGCAAGACCCAGGUCACAGUUGAGUAUGUCAAUGACAAGGGUGCCAUGGUUCCCAUCCGUGUCCACACCGUGCUUAUCUCAACUCAGCACGAUGAGACCGUCACCAACGAUGAAAUUGCCGCAGAUCUCAAGGAGCAUGUUAUCAAGCCUGUGAUCCCGGAGAAGUACCUGGACGAGAAGACCAUCUUCCACUUGAACCCCUCAGGCCGAUUCGUCAUUGGUGGGCCUCAUGGUGACGCAGGUCUCACUGGCCGCAAGAUUAUCAUCGAUACCUACGGUGGAUGGGGAGCACACGGUGGUGGUGCCUUCUCGGGAAAGGACCCAACCAAGGUAGACAGGAGUGGAGCCUACAUUGUGAGGCAGGCUGCCAAGAGCAUUGUUGCCAGCGGACUUGCCAGGAGGUGCAUUGUGCAAGUGUCCUAUGCCAUCGGUGUGCCAGAGCCAUUAUCUGUGUUUGUUGAUACCUAUGGAACUGGGAAGAUCCCUGACAAGGAGAUCCUCCAGAUUGUGAAGGAGAACUUUGACUUCAGGCCAGGAAUGAUCUCAAUCAACCUUGAUCUAAAGAGAGGUGGCAACAACAGGUUCUUGAAGACUGCUGCUUAUGGACACUUUGGAAGGGAUGACUCUGACUUCACAUGGGAGGUUGUGAAGCCCCUCAAGUGGGAGAAGGCCUAAUUCAGUGAUUUCACCGCUUGCGUGUGCUGGGAAUUUUGCACCUUAUUUCUAUCAUCAUAUAUCUAAUUAAUCCCUACACCUGUGUGUGUUGUCUCUUCAUCAUGUUUUUUUAUCGUUUUUUUUUCUGUUUUUUUUUUUUUUU